GCUGGUUAAGCUUUCUUCAUCGCAUCUAACCCCCAAUUCAUCAGUGUUAUAUCUUAGCUUCCUAAAAUGGCCACCGAGAGCUUUGGAUUCCAGGCUGAGAUCAGUCAAUUGCUUGACUUGAUCAUUAACACCUUCUACUCCAACAAGGAGAUCUUCCUUCGUGAAAUCAUCUCUAACGGAUCCGAUGCUCUCGAUAAAAUCCGUUAUGCUUCCCUAACUGACCCAUCCGCUCUCGACACUGAGAAGGAGCUCUACAUUCGUAUCGUUCCUGACAAGGAAAACGGCACCUUGACUCUCCGUGAUACUGGUGUAGGUAUGACCAAAGCUGAUAUGGUAAACAACCUUGGUACUAUCGCCAAGUCCGGUACAAAGGGUUUCAUGGAGGCCUUGAGCUCUGGUGCUGAUAUUUCUAUGAUUGGUCAAUUCGGUGUUGGUUUCUACUCUGCGUACCUUGUUGCCGAGCGUGUGCAGGUUAUCUCUAAGCACAACGAUGACGAGCAAUACAUUUGGGAGUCUGCUGCAGGUGGUACUUUCACCAUUACCCCUGACACUGUCAACCCUCCUCUCGGUCGUGGUACUGAGAUCCGCCUGUACCUCAAGGAGGAUCAGCUCGAGUAUCUGGAGGAGAAGAAGAUCAAGGAUAUCGUCAAGAAGCACUCUGAGUUCAUUUCAUAUCCCAUUCAACUUGCCGUGACGAAAGAGGUCGAAAAGGAGGUUGAGGAUGACGAGGAAGCCGCUGAGGAGGAAGAGGAUGCUGACAAGCCCAAGAUUGAGGAGGUUGAAGAUGAGGAUGAGAAGCCCAAAGAGAAGAAGACCAAGAAGAUCAAGGAGCAGGAGACUACCAACGAAGAGCUCAACAAGACGAAGCCUAUCUGGACGCGCAAUCCCCAGGACAUCACGGCUGACGAGUACGGCGCUUUCUACAAAUCGUUGACUAACGACUGGGAGGAGCAUCUCGCUGUAAAGCAUUUCUCCGUAGAAGGACAGCUCGAGUUCAAAGCUAUUCUCUACAUUCCUAAACGUGCACCUUUCGAUCUCUUCGAGACGAAAAAGAAGCGCAACAACAUCAAACUUUACGUUCGCCGUGUCUUCAUCAUGGACGACUGUGAAGAUCUCAUUCCCGAGUAUCUCAACUUCGUGAAGGGUAUCGUUGACUCAGAGGAUCUUCCUCUCAACAUCUCUCGUGAGACCCUUCAGCAGAACAAGAUUCUCAAGGUCAUCCGCAAGAACAUUGUCAAGAAGUGCAUGGACUUGUUCAGCGAGAUCGCAGAGGACAAGGACAACUUUGCCAAAUUUUACGAGUCUUUCGGAAAGAACUUGAAGCUCGGUAUCCACGAAGACGCUCAGAACCGCAGCAAGCUUGCUGAGUUCUUGCGCUUCUACUCUACGAAAGCGACCGAAGAGCAGACCUCGUUGAAAGAUUACAUCACUCGUAUGCCGGAGGUGCAAAAGUCGGUUUACUAUCUCACUGGUGAAUCUCUGGCUGCCGUUCGCGAUUCACCAUUCCUUGAGGUCCUUAAGAAGAAGGGCUUCGAGGUUCUCCUGCUCGUUGACCCCAUUGAUGAAUACGCCAUUACUCAGCUGAAAGAGUUCGAUGGCAAGAAGCUUAUCUGUGUCUCGAAGGAAGGGCUGGAACUCGAGGAAACCGAGGAGGAGAAGAAAACUCGUGAAGAGGAGGCUGCUCAAUUCAGCGACCUAUGCACCACGAUCAAGGAAGCCCUCGGUGACAAGGUUGAGAAGGUUGUUGUCUCGAACCGUAUCACCGACUCUCCUUGCGUUCUUGUCACUGGUCAAUUUGGAUGGUCAUCCAACAUGGAACGAAUCAUGAAAGCCCAGGCUCUUCGUGACUCUUCGAUGUCGUCAUACAUGGCCUCGAAGAAGACUCUUGAGCUUAACCCCUCGCAUGCCAUUAUCAAAGAGCUUAAGAGAAAGGUCGCUGAGGACAAGGCUGACAAGUCUGUUCGCGAUUUGACUUACCUUCUCUUCGAGACUGCUCUCCUUACCUCCGGCUUCUCGCUUGAUGACCCCACGUCGUUCGCCAAACGUAUUAACCGUAUGAUUUCGCUUGGUCUUGACGUUGAUGAUGAAGAGGAGGAAGCUGAGCCAGCGGCUGGCGCUGAUGCCUCUCCACCAGUGGAGACUGCUUCGACGUCUGCCAUGGAGGAAAUCGACUAAAUGUAGCAUAUGUAUUAACGACCCUUUUACUCUUUUUACUAUUGUCAUUGAUAUCGCACUUUUCUUUUUCACUUGGUUGCAUCUUACGAGCUGGUAUUAAAAAAAUUCAUCUAGUACUGCAUGAAUACAAGAUAUAUUCCACAUG